GAAUUUGGUCUUAUGGAGCGGUGCUGCUGACUUUACCGACAUUAAAAAAUCUACUGAUGGCUACUGAUUUUUUGAAAGCAAAACUUGACGACAUCAAAACUGACCUGGCAACCCUGCUCUCCUGACUGACUGUCAGUCAACCUGUGUCUGUGUCCGUCCGUGUCCGUAAGUCCCACCAAACUCCAGUCUCCAAACAACAAAAACAACAUCCAAAUUAAAAAUAAUAAUAAUCUAAGAUAAUAAUCAUAAUAAGAUCAAGAUCAAAGUGCUACAGGCUACAGUACGAGUACAGUACUAAAACACAAUGGAAUUGGAACAUUUACAUGAAUUAAAACACGAACUCGAACUAGAUAUAUACGAAGAUCAACUAGAUAAAGUCCAUAUUGCAGAUUUGUUUAAACACGAUUCUGAGGAAACUAUGUAUUUUGAAGAUAACCAUGUCCAAAUUGAGAGUUCCAACCAGACACAUAUAGAACAACCCUCUGAUGAUCUGAAAGAUGUCCCAAAUCAUACAGAUUAUCAGGCAAUACUUACUGACAAUGUGAAAAUGGAUCACAACUUAGUUGCAGAAGGAACUGAGAAAGGUUUUCCUUCUUCGAUUGUUCAGAAAGAUGAUAUGGACAGUGAUAUGCUGGAACAUCCAACGGGGAAAUCACUCCAACGCCAUAACAAAAGUGUCAAUAUUUCAACAAAAAUGUUUGUUGAGAACAAUCAAUUAAUUCAAAAUAUGGAUUCCGUGGAAAAGCAGAUUAUUGCUAAAAACAACAACAGAAACAUAAAUUUGUCCUUUGAAAAGUCGUUUUCAUGUAAUGUUUGUUCAAUUAUAUUUACUCUCAAAAGUAGCUUGAGAAAACAUUCACUUACUCAUGCUGAAGAAACACCUUUUGAGUGCGAUAUUUGUCAUAAAAGAUUCAGCCAAAAUUCCCAAUGUCUUGCACAUAGGCAAACACAUACAAAAGAGAAACCCUUCAGAUGUAGUAUUUGCUUUAAGUACUUUAAGGGAGAAUCUAUCUUAAACGGACAUAUGAAAUUGCACACUGGCUCCAGUAUUUUAACAGAAAGCGACCGAUCUAACCAACAAGAAGACCUCCAUGAUGAAGAUAAUAGUUUAGAAUCAAUAAUGUCGGAGAACAUUUCAAAUAUAUCGACAGAUAAUGAUGAAUUAACACAUAGUAUACUUAAUAUUGAAGAAAACCAUAUACAACAAACCAAAUUUGAUAAUCAUCUUAAAGAAAAACCCAACCAACGUACGUUUGUGCAUAGUAAAGAAACAGACAAACUAUUUCAAUGCAAAAUUUGCUAUAAGCGUUUCUCAGUAAUAACCAAUCUGACACGUCAUAUAUUUAGGCAUGCAGACUUAGCUAGAUUUAAGAACCGCAUACAAAAACGCACUGCAGAACAACAAUUAAGGUGUCAUAUAUGCUUUGUGCAAUUCACAUUUAAAGAUAGCCUCAGAAAUCAUUUACUUAGGCACGUUGGAGAAAAACCUUUUGAGUGUGAUAUUUGUCGUAAACUGUUUUUUCAAAAUAAUAAUUGUAUUGUACAUAGGCGUACACAUAUAAACGGGAAAUCUUUAGAAAAGAAAUCACUUGAUAUUUAUUCCAAUAUGCCUACAGAAAUUGAUCAGUCAAUGGAAAAUGUGCCUUUAAAUGCCGAAAAAGAAUCUUUGCAAAAUGUUACAUCAGAUCAUCUUUCUAAUGUUUCAAAAGUAGAUUCUUUCCAAUGCAAAUUUUGUUUCAAACAGUUCUCACUACAAACAAAUUUAAAACGUCAUAUACUCACGCACUUGGGAAUAAAACCCUUUAAAUGCGUUAUAUGUUUAAAGACAUUUUCUUCUCAAAUCGCACUAACAGAACACGAGCGCAUACAUUCUGGAGAAAAACCCUAUAAAUGUGAAUUGUGUGAAAAGGAAUUUAUAUCAAAGUAUAUCUUCAAGAAACAUAUGAGAUUGCACACCGGGGAAAAUCUUAUAAAGUGUGAUUAUUGUCCCCAACAGUUUACAAAUAACGCAAGUUUGAAGGGGCACGUAGUAAGCCACACUAGAGAAAGACCAUUUCAAUGUAUUAUUUGUUUUAAGAAAUACUCCAACAAAGGAAACCUGGACAGACAUAUGCGCUGUCACACUGGAGAAAAUCGUCAAUUUAAAUGCACUAUAUGUUUAAAGACAUUUUCUUCACAAAUCACACUAACAGUCCAUGAGCGCAUACAUUCUGGAGAAAAACCCUAUAAAUGUGAAUUUUGUGAAAAGGAAUUUAUAUCAAAGGAUACCUUCAACAAACAUAUGAGACUCCACACAGGCGAAAAACUUAAAAAGUGUGAUUAUUGUCCCAGACAGUUUAUAGAUAACACUAGUUUGCAGUUGCACAUACUAAGCCACACUGGAGAAAGACCAUUCCAGUGUGUUGUUUGUUUCAAAAAGUUUUCAAGAAAAAACAGCCUGAACAAACAUAAUAUGCGUUCCCACACUGGAGAAAAUCCUCGAUUUAAAUGCAUUAUAUGUUUAAAGACAUUUUCUUGUCAAAUCACACUAACAGACCACGAGCGCAUACAUUCGGGAGAAAAACCCUAUAAAUGUGAAUUGUGUGAAAAGGAAUUUAUAUCAAAGAACCCCUUCAACAAACAUAUGAGAUUGCACACCGGGGAAAAUCUUAUAAAGUGUGAUUAUUGUCCCAGACAGUUUACAGCUAAGACUCAAUUUGAGGCACACGUAAUAAGCCAUACUGGAGAAAAACCAUUUCAGUGUGUUGUUUGUUUCAAAAAGUUUGUAACAAAACCAAACCUGGAAAGACAUAUGCGCUGUCACACUGGAGAAAAUCGUCAAUUUAAAUGCGGUAUAUGUUUAAACAGAUUUUGUACAAAAGACACACUAACAGACCAUGAGCGCAUACAUUCUGGAGAAAAACCCUAUAAAUGUGAAUUGUGUCAAAAGGAAUUUAGAUCAAAGAACCCCUUCAACAAACAUAUGAGAUUUCACACCGGCGAAAAACUUAUAAAGUGUGAUUAUUGUCCCAAACAGUUUACAGCUAACAGUGAAUUUCAGAAACACGUAGUAAGCCAUACUGGAGCAGGACCAUUUCAGUGUGUUGUUUGUUUCAAGAAGUUUGGAACCAAAUCAAACCUGGACGAACAUAGACGUUUCCAGUGCUGUAUUUCCCAUUACGCCAAAUACGCAAAGGCGUCAGGCGGCAAAACAUAAAAGGCGGCGAAGAUGUACAGCUUCAAUACUAAAUCAAAUAGAAUGCAUAGUGAAAACACAGCCGACGAAGUCCAAUGGAACAAGGUGGUCUGCUCGCCAUGAUGCUGUAGUGAGCAUAUGCUCAGAGUUGGAGCGAAUAUUUAAAUCUUUGACAAUAAUUGAGCGAUUAAUCUCUGAAAAACCAACGGUUCGCGGAAGCAACUGGAAUAAAACGUGGCUUAAAACGAUUCGAAUGUGCCUUUAUGACGGUUUUCUAGAAGUAAUAUUAGAGCGUUUCGAUAAGACCAAUAAAAUACUUCAAAGCGUUGAUACCAACACUGAAGGCACAACUACCCUUUUUUUUUAUCUUUGAUCAAUUUUGUAAAAUCUUUACGAAAUGCUGAAACCUUUGAAAAAAGCAAAAACACUAUGGACGAAAAUUACGAUAGUCGACAACGAAAUCUUAUACCCGCUUUACACCAACAAUAAAUUAAACAAGAAAUUGACCAAUUUAUUCAAGGCCAAGUUUGACGUGUUCAAAAAACAACAAUUUGACAUUAAAUUUUGUUCGUUAUUAACUUCACAUCAUUGUCAAAUAACUGUCAAACUGCCAAUACGUGUUUUUCAGUUCUUUCGCAUUUUAAAGUUUAAUUUCAAGUGUUGUCUGAUCUUUUUAAUAGAGUAGACACAUUUUGCAGCUGUAUAGUGGUGACAACAUAUUAUAUUUGGUGAUAUGUCGGUUAGAAAGGAGAUUGAUGACCCGGGUGGAACAAUAAUUGAGGACAUUUCUGGUGAGUCUGUUCCAAUUAAAAAUAAUUAUGAAGACGAUAUUUCUAGUGCUGAGAAACUACAUUAUGACAAAAAUAUUCGUUACCGAUUAAGUGAUUCAGGACCAUUUAUUAUUUAUAUUGAGUCUACCGACAAGAACAUUGGAAAAUUACAUGCUAUCAGAGUUGGACAUUAUUUACAUUUAAAUAAUUUCAAAAGUAGCAUUGCUGAAAUCAAAUCUAUUGGUAGGAAUAAAAUUAAAGUAGUUUUGAAUAAUGCUUCAUCUGCCAACAAUAUUGUAAGUAGCGACUUUUUAGAAGUCAGCAAUUUAAUUGCUUAUAUCCCACAGUUCUUUGUGGAACGUCGUGGUUUAAUACGCUCAGUUGAUACAGAAUUUACAGAAAUAUAUCUAUUAGAAAAACUUAAAGCUGAGAAUCCAGAUAGUAAUAUUAAACAAAUAAAACGACUAAAGCGUAGAAUCACAACAGAAACAAAUGAUAUUAAACUAGUAGCUAGGCAACUUGUAUGUAUAACAUUUAUUGGAUCUUCUUUACCAAAAGAAGUUAUAAUCAAUAGUUGUAUUUUUCUGGUGGAACCGUACAUAUAUCCCGUUAUACAAUGUGAAAGAUGCUUAAGGUACGGACAUAUGACACAACAAUGUAAAGGGAAGGAGCGCUGUAAAAACUGUGGUGAAAGCCAUAGUAAUACGGAUUGUUCUAUGGUAACCAAAUGUUUACAUUGUAAUCAGCAACAUUCAGCAGUGUCAAGAGAGUGUCCAGAAUAUAGUAAACAACGAAAAAUUAAGGAAAUUAUGGCAACAAAAAAUAUAUCGUUUCAGGAAGCUGAAAAAGUUCAUAGUAAUCCAAAUUAUUAUUCAAACGUGUUGACUAGUAAUACAUUCUCGUUGUUGGCUAAU